GUGUAGGUAGCAAGCAAGCAUGGCGGCUUCGUCGGCGCAUGAAGGCGGCGUCACUGAAACGGCGCAGUCCCAAGUCGUCGAGCGCCUCGUCAAGCUGCUCGACCAAGUGGAGAAGCGGGUCGAGCUUCUACGAGAGCAUGCCGCGUCUAUUGAGCAGGAGCGGCGAGGGCUCGUCGACACCCUUAGCUCGGUGGCCAGCAGCCAGGAGCUCGCCUCACUCACGCCGGAGCUCCGCGAAGAAGUGAGCCUGACGGUCGAGCGGCUGCAGACGCGCGUCAAGUCGGUCGACGUGUCGGUGACCACACCACGCAGCGAGGAGCAGGAGACUGCGCUCGGGCAAAUUGAGCAGUACGUCACCAGCCUUGUGCUUCGCAUGACCUCUGACCCCAAAGGUGCCAGGAAUCGCUUAACAGCGCUUCAAUUCCACAUGACUGGCAGGUGGGCAAGGUCAUCCCAGUCUUCAAGAAAGGAAGCCGAUCAUCACCGAGGCCCAAUGCAAGGCGUACCUGAGUGCCUGCUCGACUGAUGCGGCCGGGCCGGUCGACCAGAAGUUUCAGGCAGCCAUCUUGGGAUGCACAGCCGACGAUCAGAAGAAGACACGCCGUCGCCUUGAGGCUAUCCUGGCGGCCCUGCCGCGUCGGUGCUGAUGUCGUACGCCACUCGGUGUAACAAUUCGCUUUCGGCACAGUGCACACUUGUGCAUUUGCUACAAAGGACAGCUUCAUAUCCAAGAACGCCUCCAAAGCCGCGUGAAGCGCAAGUGCACCUGGCUGUUUGAAUAUGGUACACUAGACACGACUGAAAUGAUAAGAUGCAGAAAUUUUCUCGCAGUUCUCGCAGCACUGCAACUUUUGUUUCGUAGAAUGCGCACACUGAUGGUUAUGUUGCGCAGUGGGACUGGAAGACCGAUUAUGAACGCAAUCUACUGAUUCUGUGUCAUCAUAACCGUAGGCAAAAUUAAGGACAAGUACGGACUGGGCACCUUGGUUAAAUAUUCCUGGGUGGUAUAUUAUAAUUUGUGAACGUUAUAUUGUAGUACAUACACAAUACAAUUUCUUAGUAAACAUUCCAAGACUGU